AUGCAAAGCCGAGGCGGCAGGCAGGCCUGCGGCAGCCUGUGUCCCAACAGGGUGCAGGAUCUUGCCGAGCGGCUGGGCAAAAAGCCGGCCAGUAAAGCGGAGAGAAAGGUGCCACGGAAUAUCAACCCCAGAUGCAACCCAAUACCCAUUUAUAAGGACUCACCUCCGGAUUCUGUAGAUCUAGCGUUGGCGACCAUCGAUUGGCAAGACUUAGCCGACUGCACGGGCGUCUUUCAGCAAGAAGUUUCUAGAGGUGCUGCAACCCAGCAGCGCCUCUUGCUUUCUCCUUUUGCCAUGGCAGUGCAAGCUUGCCGGCUCCACUGUUCAGCAUGGCCAGUGGAUUUUCAGAGCCCGUGCUUGCAACCCGAACCCGAGUUUGAUUUCCAGGAAUUUCACGAUGCAGUGGAUAACUUCAUAUCCGAUCCUUCCUCUCUGAUGCCCCCUCUGCUGGACUGCGCUGAUUUCCCAUUCCCUGUGGAUGAUGGAAGAUCCUACAGCCCUUGCUUUCGUCAGCCUGCAGAGGACGAUUCUGCCUCUCAGAUGAAUGCAGAAAACAUCUCUUCCACUGAGCAGUAUUGGAAAGACUUAGCAAAUCAGAACCAGAAAGCACUAGGGGAUGCACUUGUGGAAAACAAUCAGCUCCAAGCGACAUUGACUCAAAAGCAGGAGGAAAUUGCCUCCCUGAAGGAAAGAAAUGUCCAGUUGAAGGAACUGGCCAGCCAAGCGAAACAGCUUGCCUCUGUGCUGGAUAAGCUGAUGAUCCCACAGUGCAAAGACAGCACAGACCUCUCCCUUGCCAAUGGCCCCAACAAGAGGAGCCUCAAGCAGGUGACCAUCGCUGAGCAAGAGGAGGAGGAGAUGGAAGUGAACGAAAUUUUGCAGGAAAUAUCGGACAGAUGCAAUGCAGCCUUGCAGUCCGCUGAUGACAAGAGAAGCCCAAAGCGCCCUCGGGGAGAGAACGAAACAAUCCGCAUGUACGGUGCUUUCCAGGGCUUGCAGACAUGCAGCAGCCACAGUUCCCUGGACCUCCGUGGCAGUGAACUUGAGGAAGGGGUGUCCUUCACGACAGCCAUCAAUGAACAUUGUAACAUUAGGACGCUGGCCUUCCCCCAAGGCAAUGCGUUUAUGGUCAGGACAGCCACUGGGGGUCACAAGUUUAGAUGGGUUCCCAGGUGAUGAAAGAGGGAUGCGAUCAGCCGACUACACUUGCCUCUCUUUCCAGUGACUUCCUGCCAAAGAACCACUCAUCUUCCUCUGUAGUGCUGCUUCCACCAAGGCAUUUCAAGGUGGAGUCUACUGCUGACAGCUGACUGAUGUCAACCAGAGGUGCUAAUAUUUUGCUGGAAGUCCAGACAUCUGUUUAAAAUAGAGAAACACAGAACACUAUCUGCACCCCGCCCUUAAGCUAGCUGAUGCCAAACUUAUUGUUACUAAUCACAUUUUCUGUUUUGGAUUCCUGGCCCAUGAUUGCACUCCCUAAUUGGAAGCUAUGUCCCGUAGACUUCUGUAACAUCUUCACUAAUCCUUGUUUGAUGACAGAGGGCCAUCCAACCUCAGCUUAAAAGCUUCCAGUUAAAGAGAGUCCACCACUUUCCAAGGGAGCCCAUUCCACUGUCAAAACUCUUGCUGUCAUAAAGUUGUUCUAAUGCUUAGCUGGAAUCUCCUUUCUUUUAACUUGAAUCCAUUGCCUCUAGAGGGCCUGAUGAGAGGGGACUGUUUGAUGAGAGCUUGUUUGGCUGUAGAACGGACUCCCUUGGAAGGUGGUGAACUCUCUUUUGUUGGAAGGCCAUCUGUCAUGGAUGCUUUAGUCGAGAUUACGGCAUUGCAGGGGGUUGGACUAGAUGACCCUCAGGAUCCCUUUCCAACUCUACAAUUCUGUGAUGGCAUUUUGAUGAGAAUUCUCU